AGCCGGGGCGGGAGGGGGCAGCGGGGGAGACCGGGCUGCGGAGCCCAUCCCGCUGCCGUAGCGACAUCGAGGGCGAAAAGAGCGACGGGGGGAGAGCGGCAGGUUAAAACAAUUAAGAAUAACAUGGAGCAGGACUUAGAAGCAUUUCAGGAACAAGCUGUCACUAAAACUUCUGCAUGUGAAACUGAACUUCCGGAACUAGUGCAUCAAAUUGAUAUUGUGGUAAACAGCAAGAAAGUGGAAUGGGAAAGGAAGAUGAAAGUUUUAGAAGCAAAGAUGGAUAUCCAGAAUCAAGAAUUAACAAGUGCCCAAAGCGAACUGGAUCAAAAAGGUCAAGAGGUGAGACUACUUCAACAGAAACUGGAAAACUUACAGAAAACUAAAUAUGAAAUGGCUCAGAAUUAUGAAAUUCAGCUUCAAGAACUGAGAUCUGAGCUUUCAAAGUUGACACAUAGCUAUGAAAAGCUACGGUUACAUCAGUUAAAACAAAAAAAGGUUGAAAGUAGAGAAAAAUGUGAGGAAAGGAUAGAGACACCAUCUGAACUGAGCAAUUUAUACAAGAAACUGCAGGAAUUUAAGGCAAAAUCAAGAGAAUGGGAUAAGAUGGGGACAAUCUGCCAAAAUUAUCUUGAUUAUUUAGAUGCUCAACAAAAAUUAUUGUACAAGAAAUGUAAUUUAUUUCAGAAGCAGACCCAGAAUUAUCAAUUCCAAAUAAGCAAUAAGAAACACGAACAAGAAGAGGUAAUUACCUGUGACCAGUCCAAAAGUGAAAUGGAUGAGUUGAUGAUUGAAAAACUGAAGGCAACUGUGAAUGAAAUAGCAAUAAAUAAGAAUAAACUAGAAGAGGAAAAUCUGAAACUCCGAGAGCAUCUAAAAAUGUACCAAAACCAGUGCCAGAACAUGGAGGCAGGCUUUUCAGACAUGAGGAAUGAGCUGCAGUGGCGGGAUGCUCUCUGGAGAAGGAUACAACUGGAAUGCCAACAGAUGCAUACAGAACUACAGAAAAUCAGAGACUAUAAAGAUAUGCAGGAAAUGCAUCAGCCAUUUUGUGUACAACUUACUGAGCAACUAGAAAAUAAAAACACCAAGUUAUUACUAUUGGCACAAAGUCAAGAAUGCCAGCAAGAAGAGCUAAAUGAGAUAAGAAACCAUGUUUAUCAAGAGGAGCAGUCCCAUCACUCUGAGAAGGAAAGAAUGAAGACGGAAAUCUCUGACCUGACAGAAGAGCUUCAUCAGGAGAUCACUAUAGCAACUAUCAUGGAGAAAGCUAGUCUUCUGGAAAGACAUUUAAAAAUGGAGUUGGAGAUAAAAGACAAAUUGUUAGCAAAACAACAGUUCCUGGAUUCCAAAUACAAAGUUGUGAGCUCUGAAAACACACAUCUAAAAGAGAUGGUGGAAAAGCAGAGUAUAGAUUUAUGUAACAAACAACACGGAAAUUUCACAUCUUCCAUUCACAAACCGGAAUAUGAGAAUGUAAGAUUCCAAAGUAGUCUUGUUAAACUUCAAAAUGACACAGAAACAACACUGCUGGGUCGCAUGGGUACAUAUGGAGAAACAGAGGACAGCUACCAAACCCACUCAAAGAUGAAAGAAAAGGAAGAGAGAACUUCCCAAAAGAAAGAUGGAUGGGAAAUGGAAUGUCAACAGACUGCUGGGUUCACAGGAUACCACAGAAACCACAGUCCUGCUUUAUAUGGCCAAGGCAGUAUCACUGGUUCAAAAAGUGAUAAGUAUCCUUUGGGCUUCAGUGGGAUGUUUCUUGAAGAGGGCAGAAGAGGCAGUUUACUGAGCCCUGCUUACAGUGCAGAAGAAAUCAAAUUAUCAAAUUUGAUAAAUACCAGGUCUCCUCCUCUCUUCUGUCGGAAGUGUCAGACAGAGACUCCAGACCAGAGAUCCCAGAGCUUCUAUUUCCAGCCAGCCCAGUCCUCCCCUGAGAUGUCCUUCCUUGCAACAGCAGAAAAGUUCCUUCAAGAGGAAGAGAAGCACACAAGAGAGUUUGAAGAACGUUUAAAUUUGCACCUUGAAGAAUUGCAAAGACACUCUGAAAAUACCCUCCAAAAAUAUACCAGGUCACAGCAAAGCAGACACACUUAAGCCAGUCACACAAUUAAGGAAAUAAAACCAAGUAAUCACCCAUGACUUUCUUAGAACUAAAAUCUGCAAUGAGCUGCUUAAUAUAAUUAGGCCCAUUGCCAAUAGCAUGUAUUUUUAACACCAAGGUUUCGAGUAAGAUAAUAAUUUUAGGAUUUAGAUAUAUUGUAACUCAACUAUAUUACAAAAUACUGUACUCUAAACAUAUUCUAAAAUAUACAGGUUGGUUUUGCAUCGUUAAAUUAUGUGCCGCAGCAACCCUGGUGCAGCACUGUGAAUUAAGUAAGAUACUUCGAAUUCUGUGAUGUAUGGAGGGAUAAUAAGUGGAAUUAUUCCCUUGAAAAUACAAUCAGCCAAAAGAAAUUCUCUAGAUUGCACAGAACAAGAAUAACAGGGGCCUUUAGUCAUGUCAUAGCUCCUGGCAUAAAGAGCUUAUCUAUGCUCUAGUUAUUCUUGGCUAUAGAAACAGCCCUUGGGACUCCUGAAAUGAGAAGUUUGAGCUCUUUCUUUCUUACCUCUAAGCCAUGCAGGUCAGUGAGAGGAACAUGAAUAGACAAAGCACAUUAUUUUGAAGCUACCCAUAUUGCCCCUUUUACCAGACCUAUAGCCUUCACCUGGGGCAGAGCAUGAUCUCAGGUGCUUUUCAUGCUUUACAGUAAUUCUGUAUAAUUUUUUAAUCCUGUCUUGAAAAACACCUCUUUUGGCAACAGUGUUUUGAUGCUAUGUUGGCUUCUUGUUUGAAUACAUUGGAACAGGGAGAAAUACUUUAGGCAGCUUGUGGUCAGUCUUAGGUAAGGGGCUAAAGUCUUUAUAGUUCUCUACAACAUAGGAAAACAUUGUAAAACCGAGCAGAGUUAACUGAGCUCAAUGUGCCAAAAACCUGCAUAAUGUUGAGAUUCCUUUUAUUUGCAAUUCAUCCUGAACUCUGUUGCUGUGCAAGUGAAACAGAAAUUACAGCCGGUGUGGAUGAAGCACCGAUUUCAGUGAAAGAGAUACUGAAGAACUGCCUCCCAGCGUAGACUGUUGCCAACUUCCUGGAAAAAUAUGGAUAAAAAUAAUACCAGACUGUCAAACAGCUCCAGUUUGUGAGUAAAAGAAGUCUCAUUAAUAUUCAAGACCAUAGCAAAAAAUGUGAAUUGGUUUUGGAAGCUCUAUUUCCAUUAAGACAAAAUACACUACAUCACACUUACACAAAAUACCAAGAUUUUAAAUACGGGUUUGGCGCAGUUUGCAAUAAAAUGAGUAAUGAAAAUGAGGACAUCAAAGAACCUUUUAGAGGAAAAUUCAGGAAAAUUACUAGACUCAGCUGUAGGAACGAGGACUGAAUGAAAAGAUGAUGGGAAGACAUCUGAACAAACUAAAUAUAUAUGUGUCCUCAACUUAAGGGGAGAUCCAGCUGGGUGUUUCAAAAGAACUAAUGAAGAAAUUUAAGACCUUCUGGAAAAUGAAGCUAAAUUUUAAGAUGGGAAAGAUCUGUAGAAGCAAAAAGAUGUCAAAAUGUUGUCUUUCAGGGAGGCAAGAGAAAAAAAAUACGGGAUAUUAGCAGUUGGCCAGAUUCUGUCACAACUGCACGGUUUAAAAAUACAAGAAGACAGUGUGCGUCUGAUCUUCAAAGAACCUACAUGUCUGAGUCCAGUCCAGGCCUGAGGAUCCAUCUCAUGAUACAGGUCUGUGUGAUGAUACAGAAUGAAUGAAUGAAAUGAUCAAAAAAUGAGAAUUUUUUCUAAAUCCUUGUAAGAUCUCACCAAACUACUAUCUUUGGCUAAUUAAAUAACAGUUAGUUUCAGCCUGCCUUUUCAUAGAAUCAUGGAAUAGUUUGGGUUGGAAAUGACCUUAAAGCUCACCCAGUUCCACUCCCCUGACAGGGAGAGGGACACCUUCCACUAGAGCAGGUUGCUCAAAGCUCUCUCCAACCUGGGUUUACUCUUAUGCCCUGCUUAGAACAUACUAUGCCACAAAUAUGCCGAGACAGUAUGGAUCAAAGUGCCCUUCUCUUUGCUAGCCAGUACCAGCUCAUCUGACAACCCCCAAAUUAAACAAGUCAAUUGCAAGACCACAGCUGGAGCCACGCCACUGGUUCUGAAUACUUCCAUUGUAUUAAAAGGUAGAAACGUGAUUGAACUGGUGAGAGGCUCCUGAAGGCACAUACAUAUUCCUAAUGUCAACAUGGCAAAAAUAGUUUGUACAACAUGUACCACAUUUCAAGAUAUUUGAAAAACUUUUGAAAGAAUGAUGGACAGCAGAAAUAAUAAAGACCAAGAAUGAUGUACCUUAUGAAGACGGGUUGGAGAUGUAUGAAUAUUGUACAAAAAAAGAAUAACCAGGAGGCUCCAAAGCAAUAAAUGUCUGAAAUCACCAAUAAAAAUGUAUUAUUAAUUGUACAA